AUGAAAGAUAACAGAGGUUUAUGGUCAAGGUGCCAUGUCUUAGGUGGAUCGGGCUCUAUAAAUGCGCUGCAGUAUACACGUGGCAGUCGUUUCGAUUUUGAUGAAUGGGCAGAAGAUGGAUGUACGGGAUGGAGUUAUCAGGAUGUUUUGCCGUAUUUUCUUAAAUCUGAAGACAUGCACAUCCCCGAAUUUCGAGACUCAAAGUACCAUAGUAUUGGGAGAGAGAUAGCAGUUUCUGAGUCCGAUGUUUCUCCUAUUUCUAAGAUUUUCAGAAAUGCCGGAGAAGAGCUUGGAUAUCCUGUUAGAGAUUACAAUGGAGAACUACAGGAAGGUUUUAACGAGAUUCAAUUCAAUGUUCGUAAAGGUGUUCGAAGUAGUGCAGCCAUUGAAUUCCUUAAGACAAAAAGAAACAACCUACAUGUCGCCACAGACAGUCAUGUUACUAGAGUGUAUUUUGAGAAGAAGAAAGCUGUAGGUGUUUGUUAUAUACAAGAUGGUCGGAAAUGA